UAUUUAUGUUAUCCAUUUUCCACAGAUUUCUAGAAAUAAUUUUGUUUAUGUUUUCAAGUAUAUAUCCAGAUACACGUUGAUAAGGAUAAAGUUGACUUCUUAGAAUAGUUUUCAACAUUCAUAGCAACUAUGUUGGGCGGUAAUUUCUUCAAAGCUUUUGACGAAGACCCAUUUUUUAGUGGUCACAGAGAGCAUAUGCAGCGGAUGAGUGAAAUGUUCAACCAACCAUUUGGUGGAAUUCCGGCUAUAUCACAACAAGGUAUUACAGAUGGCAGACAGAGGGCCCCUAGAGGAGAACAGAGGCAGUCUCGAAGUAUGGCAUUGUCUCCAUUUGGAAUGUUUGAUCAAAACCCAUUUAGUGGGUUUGGAGGAAUGUUUCAGAAUAUGCAAAAUAUGCAGUCAAUGAUGAUGGGAGGGAUGCAGGGAAGAAUGAUGGACUUACAGAAUGAUCCAAACUGCCACUCCUUCUCCUCUAGCAGUGUAAUGACAUAUUCCAACACAGGGAAUGGUCAGCCAGAGAUCUACCAAGCUUCCACAUCAAGAACUACAGCUCCUGGUGGCGUGCGAGAAGAGCGGAAAGCCGUUCGUGAUUCUCGGUCUGGUUUAGAGAGACAGUCAGUUGGACAUCAUAUCAGAGACAGAGGUCAUGUCAUUGAAAGGUCACGCAAUCACAACACUGGCGACCGGGAGGAAAAUCAUAACUAUGAAAAUCUUGAUGAAGAUGAGGCGGAAGGAUUCCACAGAGAAUUCAACACUCAUAUGAGCAGACAUCCAUACAAUAAUAGGAAAUGAUCGCAGGGUUCGGGAGAGAGAUCGUGAUCGUCAUCAUAGGAGUGAUCGAAGAAGAGCAAGGGAUGAUACUCAUUAAAUGAAACAACAAAUAAAACAUCUACACUCAUUCUUUACAGGUAACUGAUCUCUUUGUGUGAAGGACUAUGGUAUGAAAGGACACUGGACUAUAUCUACUCUAUGUUAAAUGUAAUUUUGGGUCUUUUCAAGUGUACGAUGAAUAUUUUCAUGAAGAUAUUGCAAAAGUUUGCGUCAUAUCACUAAAGAAAUGUACAUGAAGUGUAUUUGUAUUUAUUUAUCAAUGUGAUAAAAGUUGAAAAGACCCUUUUUGUACAUACAGUACUAUAUUCAGAAACAAAAAGAAAGAAUCUAAGCCAUAUUUGAUGUUUUUUUGUAAAUAAGGGAGAUAAUGCAGAUAUUUCAUUGAUCAUUGUUUGUAUUGUUAUCUUUAUUUUAAUUGACUUACUGUCACACGCAUCACAUUCUCUUAAUACCUCUAAUUAAAUGUAUGUUGUUUUGAUUCAGUUGUAAAUAAUGAUCUGCCAAAUGUUGAUACUUACUCAAAUGCAAUAACAAACGUUUGGCUUUAAAUUGACUUUCUAUACCCACACAUCACAUUCUCUUAUUAAAUAUACCUCUAAUAUACAUUCUAUUGAUAAAGUUGUAAAUAAAUUUCUGUCAAAUGUUAAUGUUUACUUGAAAUGCACCCACAAGCGUUUGUUUGUGCACCAUGUGUAUGGAAAAUGCAUACACUUACUCCAAUGGAGAUUUGGAUAUGGCAAUAUUGUACUUGUACAUAGCAUGGCGUAAACCCACCAGCAUUAUAUUUUCCAAUUUUUCAAGAUAGACAGGAUACCAUUUCUG